AUGGUUGCCAUUGAGCUGGGCCUCUGCUGUGUCAUUUCGGCUGGUUUUCAUAAUGCUUACUUUAUUCUUCGUUCAGACAACCAAGGAGUGGUGGGGGCUUUCAAGGCAGGCAUAUCCCAUAAUUCAGAACAGAACUCCAUCCUUUGUUGCAUCAUCUUCUUGUUCCAAGAGUUUUCAAUGUGGUUUUCCAUUAUUUGGGUUCCUUCAGCAGAAAAUCUAGCAGAUGCUCCUUCUCAUGGGGUUCACAGUACUGCUAAGCGGUUUGCCUUCACACCCCGUAUUCCUCACCAUUUACGCAAAUUUUUCUGCUUGCACCCAUAG